CUCCAAUCAAAGUAGAAUCUGAUUUUACGCUGUAAACAUGAACUGCCUGAAGGUCUGUGGAUUUUUCUUUGCGCUUAUUGCUGCUCUGGCGACAGCAGAGGCUGGUACUCAAGUGAUAAAUGCCGGUGGACACACGCUUAUCCAAACUAGUAACGGUCAAUACAUUCGCAAGAACUAAAAAACAAACAAAAAACAAUGAAAAUCAAAUAAAAAAAUAGAAAAUAUU